UCUUUUCGUUGCCCCUUCAAAUGCCAAGCCAUCCAGUGAUGCAGGAUGUGCAGAUCCAAUGUCGACGCGCCAGCCUUCACCACUCCGUCCAGUGAUCACGCCAAUCACACUUUCCUGUGGCGCCGGUACAUACUGGAGUGGUAAUUAGAUGACCAGCUUGCACACUAUGGAGUAGAGCAUACUCUUCUUGAAUUACCCUCAACCCACCACUUGCUCUUGUUAGCUGAGUGGUUGAGGACGCCUGAGCGAGUAGCAAUAACAGGAGCUGAUUUCGCUCGUUGCUGUGUAUCGCUUGAUAAUUGAAGAAGGCCAGGACCAAGCUUGAGGUUGACGUGCUGGGCUGGGACUUGCUCGCCAGGGAGGACGAUGGACAUCAUGGAAGCUGGAAAAGGAAAAAGCACACUGCCUUCUGAACUCUCAAGUCCUCAGCUUUACUCAAGCUUUAGAUGACAACUUGAUCUUGUAUCCCGCGUCGUUUAUGGCUGCGACACCUUUGAUGAAUGAAUUUCCCGAGCUAGCCCACCUUACACGCGAAGAUCUUGAGGACCUCCUCAAUGAUCCCGCUUUCUUUCAGAGCAUAUUCCAUUCCUUGCCUCAGGUAAAGGAAUUAUAUCAAGCUCAGGCAGAGCUAGGCAUGGCAAAUGAAGCCAUUGCUCGAACAAACCUAGCACUGCAAGACCGUCUGUAUGAGUUGCGGACUGAAACCAAAGAAGCCUUCGAGGAAGCCAAAUCUAUGGAGUCUCGCUGGAAGGAUCUUGAGCGCGAACAACGAGAGGUCUAUCAACGAUUCAACCCUCAGUUUCUUUUACUUCGCCUUCGUCAUGCGACUACCGCGCAAGAUGAUUCCUCAGAGGCUCUCGCGUCAUCAUUUGUGCAAUCCUCCCCCUCGCUCUCCUCGGGUAAUGAUGCCUCAGAUGUGGAUGAAUUCAUUAGAGAAUUCAGAGAGUCGAGGAAAGUCUACCACAAACGAUCGAUGUGGGGUGAUAGGUGGGCUUCUGGACAGGUGUCUUGGGAGGAUGGUUGAUUGGCUAGUCAUUAACUUUUUAAUGCAGAGGCUCUUUGCGAGAAUCUGCCUGUCAACGGCGACCUGUCCCUUGUGACACACUAACCCAGUUAUUUGAUUGGAAAUCUAAGUUGACUUAACAGCUUCU